CUCGCAAUCUCGAAUUCAUUCACCUCCGCCGACGUGCUCCGCUUAAAACUGCAGCGACGGCGCGCGCCUCCUCCGUCGCUCUCCCUCUUAGCGCGCGAAACGGCAAAGCACGAUCCGUCGACGAUCUUCUCUCCUCUCUCCUUGAAUCGCCGAGGGCUGUCGACGCCCUUCCAGACCGCCACGGCCGGCCGGCGAGCGUAGCGGCGGCGGCGGCGGCGGGGAGCCGGCGACUUGCUCGAGCCAGGGGAGGGCUCACGCCGUCGGCCCUGCGAUUCUCCGGCGACGUUUGCGAUGGAGGAUUCGGAGCUCCGAUCGGCGACGCCGGCGUUUCCUCUGCUCAAGAGGCCGCGCCUCAGGAGCGAGACCUGCGACGCCCUGGUCCGCAUCUUCUCCCUCUGCGGCGACCCGAGCUACGCUCCGCGCCUCGUCAAGUUCGACACUCACUGGCCGAGUCCAGAUGAUGCCCAUGAUGACAGGGGAGAAAAAACUGGAGAGGAAUUUUGUGAACAAGGUCAAGUUGAGUUGGAAGUGGCCGGUUCAAAUUGUAAACCACUUGAACAUUCAUCAGGACAGAGUGACAGACUUCCCAUUGCAGGAGAAUUCGAAAGUGCUCAGAAAUCAAAUGUUGCUGAUGGACAGUUGGAAGGUCUAAGCUCUCAGGACAGAGAAUCUAGUGAAGCUCAAGUUCCGAUGGAUGAGAUAGCCAAUAGAGCAGAUAGAGAAUAUGGUGUUAAUCCUUCAACCCCAAAGGAUGAGAUGGUCAUGAAGAGCAUCUUAGGGGUUAAUAUAGAAGAAAGUGGAUUUGAAUUGGAGCAUAUGGACAUUGACGAUAUAAGCAUCCUAUUGAAUGAUGAAGGCAUUGCACCUGUUCAUCAGGAUAAUUCUAUAGUAGAGCUCAUGGAUGAUCAACGCCAUGUUGGUGGUAUAGGGGAUUCAUUAAGUACCAAUCAACAACAUUCUGGUGAACAAAUAGUUGUAGAUGACCCUACAAGUCAGAGUCACCUGCAAGGAGAUAUAAAUGAUUGUAGUCAAAAGAUUGCAAUUGGUUCUGCUCCUACUCCAAUGCAGAAUUUCGAAGAGAAAUGUCCACUCUCAGCAACCAAGGCAUUGACUGGAGAGAAUGAAGUACAACAUCCAUGUACAAGAGACACGGAUGUGCAUCUCCCAGAUAGUACAUUAAAUUUGCCUCAGGAAGUGACAGAAGAACAAGACGCUGAGGAGGGGGAAAUUUCUGACAGCAUUAGGGUGGAAGGAACAGCGUCUAAUAUGCGUUUAGAUGAUAUUGCUGUGUCGAAUAAGUUGCUCAACAAUGAGCAAGUGUCUGAAUGCGUUGCAGUUGUGGAGAGUGUCACUGAUGAAGGAGAAAAAGGAAAACUUGAAACAAAAUCUGGAGUCUCUUCUUUCGGUGAUGAAAUGGACCAUGAUGUUGCUAAUGUGAGAAAAGCUGAAAACCAUGAAAAUAAUGGGGGGAAGAAGAUUUGUGAACCUCAGAUGGCUUUUCAUGGAAAGUCAGUGGUUAUGGAAGCUGAAAAAGUAGGUACACAUUGUCCUUCAAUUGAAGAUAAAAAGGCCAAAAAGCAAGGUAGCAUAGUCAGUGAAGACGUGACCCCUCAUGCAGGUCGAUGUAACGAUAUAGUUUCCUAUGCAGAUAUUUAUUUGGAAAAGAAAUCUGAAGAUCAAGGGGCUGUAAAUACAUUGAAGGAGUUGCAAGAUAAGAAAAAACGACGUACUCUUAGCAAAGAAAGGAAGGAGAAAAAAAAGCAAAAGGAACGAAGAAAGAGAGCACAAAAGAAUAGAGAGCUUGGGGUAAAAAGGUUGAAACUGCAACCAGUGCUGAAACAAAAAACAGUAACAUAUUGCCGCCAUUAUCUCCAGGGUAGAUGCACUGAGGGAGAGAAGUGCAAAUUUUCACAUGAUACUGUGCCUUUGACGAAAUCUACAAAGCCGUGCUGUCAUUAUGCACGAAAUUCAUGCAUGAAAGGAGACGAUUGUCCAUUUGAUCAUCAGCUCUCCAAGUAUCCUUGUAGCAAUUAUGCAUCCAAAGGCUUUUGCAGCAGAGGCAACAACUGUAUGUUUUCACAUAAGAUAGAAGAUUCUACAAUUGCUUCAAACACUUACAACAACGAAUCAAAUCAUCCAGCUAUGCCAUUGAUUCCAAAGAAGCAACCAGGCACAAUUGUUGGCUCCCACGAGAACAAUGCCCAUACUGCAGUAGACACUUCCCAUGCUACUUUCAAGUACUUAAAACCGAACAUGAUAGGCUCUGCAACAAAUUUACCAGUGCUCAAACCUGAAAGAGGUAGCUCCAACUCUGCUGAGAAAUCCUUGUUGAUUUCUUUCAACAAGUCAGAAAAGGGCAGUUCAUCUGCAAAAGAUGGUUCCAGAAUUGGGAUCCAUACUGGAGAAAAUGCUUCUGGCACAGUUCAAAAUGUGGACACGAUUUCAAAGACUACUCCACUAUUGCCACCAAAAGGAGUAAAUUUUUUAUCUUUUGGUUCUUCGUCAAAGCAGACGGAUACGAAGAAACCAGCUAACUUCCUUUUUAAUACAAGUAACGUGAAUAUACUCAAACAUGCUACCUCUACUCAACAGAAGGGUGACAGUAACAAUAUUGUUAAUGAUGAAAGCCAACCAAUGUCAAUGCUUCCCAAUUCAAAUGAAGCGACCAAAAGGAUUGAGCCGGUGGUAAAACCAGAGGACUUGAUGCGUUUCUCUUCAAGAAAGGCUUCACUUCAUGACUUUACACCUGGAGAACAAUCCGGCUCCAGUUCUGUUGGUAAUGACGCUAUUGACAGAUCUCUGCAAGGGAAACCAAGUGCCUCUAGUACGACACAGAGCUCUAGCAUGACAACAUGGAAGCUGCCAGUUUCUCCAAUAACUCCAGGUCAACCUUCAGAUUCAAUGCCUAGGCUAUACAGGAACAUCUCAAGUUCAGCUCAGAAGGCAUUGUCCUCAACGUUAGCAUUUGCUGCUAUGUUCGAAACAGACACAAGAUUGAAGCAUGCUGACGGACAUCGGGCUGUCACUGGUAAGGCUGGUGAGGAUUCUGCUCAUGGUCUUCAGAAUGAUUCAGCGAAGGCCUCGAAAAUUCUGGAUUUAUUGGCUAACAUUGGAAAGAAGAAGCAAUAGUGUUCAAGAUAAGAUGGGACGAAUAAACCAUGUUGUUUUCACAGUUGCAAAUGGGAAAAACGAAGAGUUGGAAAGCGUAUGUCCAGGUUAUAAACUGUUAUGAUCCUGGAGGUUCUUUUGAUAUGGCUUCUGCUUUCUCAGUGAAUGUCUCGUUAUUAUUCUUGCAGGAACUGAGGUUUUAGCAGUUUAGAGGGAUACUGUCUCAUGUUUACAGAAUCAUCCAUUCGGCGUGACCGUGGCAAGGCUUAUUACCUAUUCAAGUGGCAAUAGUCAGGUAUCAUUUGGUUAGAAUUCAGGUCCUCCAUAAUGUAUAUCUCUUUUUGUUAAGCAGGCAAGUCUCUCAAUUUAGGUGAAAGGUCGCUUUAGAAGAGAUCUCACAUUACCGGAAAGAUAUCUGACAGGGGAAUUAUCCAAGCCUAUACACAAAUUUCCAUGAAGGCAAUACCCUGCACCUCGCCCACACGCCACCUGGGAAGUGUGGAACUAAAUAUGUUUUAUCUCGGCAAGUUGCAUAUCUACCGGUUGGAGUGGGAACUACACCGGAGAAUAGUUGGAUUUGAACAUGGGGGCGCUCUGCAGAUACACAUUGACGAGUAAACGUUCCAAGUGCAACCCCUUGCAAGUCGCAAAGACUGAAGAAAACUCGUGACAUCCUUAGAAAGUUGAUGAACCAGCACAAGCAAAAGAACUGAUUACCAGCACGAGUAGCUUAAUCCUCAAUUCUACAUCUGCUUGCGGUUCAGCUAAAGGGAUGCUUCUACGUCAAGGAGAAAGUGAAUGCUUGUUACCGAAGCGCUUUGACUGCCGGGAUCAGAAACCAUUCCUAUGCCUGACGUAAGAAAGAGACAUGGAAAGUUGCUUUGUAGGUUCGAUUAUUGCUAUUCUUAAGAAAAGGGAGAUUCUAUGGUUCGCUAA